GCGGGUAGGCACUAAAAAAGGCCAGGCGAGUGCCGAGGGUGAAGCCUGGUCACAGGGCGCGUGGCGAGGCUACCUGGGGCCAGGGCAGCGGGUGCCAGGGUGGCCCGGGGGACGUCCCUCUGGGCUGCAGCCCAGUGGAAUCGGGAGCCUGCAUCUGGGGUACCAGGAUACACGGGUGUCGGGGUAUCAGGAUGUCAGGAUACUGGGGUGCCAGGCUAUUGGGGUACCAGGGUAUGGGGUAUCAAGACCCUGGGGCCCCACAGUGCUGGGCACCUCAGUGCGGGCUCCUGUGGCCCCAGGGUGGGUACCAGGGGCUCGGUCCGACCAGGACAUCUCGGCCAGGGGACAGCGGCAGCAGCCGGUGCGGCAGCGGGCGGGGGCUGCGGGCAGCGCCGGGCUGAGCCCUGACUCUGACCCAAUCGUGCCGGGAGAUGCCGGAGUGGCCUAUCCCGAUCCCGAUCGUGCCGAACGGUGCCGGGAGGAGCCGACCCCGAUCCCGAUCCCGCCGGGCGGUGCCGCAGGGGCCGAUCCCGAUCCCGGCCGUGCCGGGCGGUGCCGGCUCCGCCGCCCCGAUCCGGGUUCCCGGCGGAGGCGGAGCCGCGCAGGGAGGAUCCCGGGACGAGCCGUGGCGGAGCGGCCAUCGCUCGGCACCGCCUGGCUCGGCCCGGUCCGGCCCGGGGCAGCGCGAGCGGAGCGGUGCGGGGGCAGCAGCGGGGGGUGCCCCGGGGCCGGGCUGUCCCCGCGCGGGGCCGUGCCGCGGUGGGCAGCCCCCGGUCCCCCCGUGUCGGGGAGCCGGCCCGGACCCCCGGGCAGCGAUGGCCGCUCGCAUCCUGCACCGGCUGCGGCACGCGCUGGCCGGAGAGGGCGGCCGGGAGGAGCCGGCGGGAGGCGGCGGCGAGACCGAGGACUGCCCGGAGAGCUCGGAGCUGGAGGACGACACCGAGGGGCUGUCGACGCGCCUCAGCGGCACCCUGAGCUUCACCAGCCACGAGGACGAGGAGGAGGAGGAGGAGGAGGAGGAGGAGGACGGAGCUAGCGAGGAGCUGGAGGAGCCGCCGCAGGCGCAGGGAGCGGCAGCAGGCACGGAGGACGGAGAGUGGGGCCCCGCGGCGGAGCGCCCCGGCGGCAGCCUGCUGACCCGGCAGCUGCAGGAGCUGUGGCGGAGGUCGCGGGGCAGCCUGGUACCACAGCGGCUGCUCUUCGAGGUCACCAGCGCCAGCGUGGUCAGCGAGCGCUCCUCCAAGUACGUGCUCUACACCAUCUACCUGAUCCGCACCGGCCAGUUUGACAAGGCCCCUGCCACCAUCGCCCGGCGCUACUCAGACUUCGAGCAGCUGAACCGCCGCCUGCGCUGCCGCUUCGGCUGUGACAUGGCCGGCGUUGCCUUCCCCAGGAAGAGGCUGCGCCGGAACUUCACCGCCGAGACCAUUGCCAAGCGGAGCCGAGCCUUCGAGCAGUUCCUGUCCCAUUUGCACUCCAUUGACGAGAUCCGCCGCUCCCCUGAGUUCCUCGAGUUCUUCUUCCUGCCGGACCUGCGGGCCGCGCAGCGCCUCACCUGCACCGGCAUGUACCGCGAGGCCCUGGCCACCUGGGCCAAUGCCUACCGGCUGCAGGACCGGCUGGGGGUCUGCAGCUCCGGCCGCUUCCUCCUGACGUUGGCCGGGCUGGCCGUGUGCCACCAGGAGCUGGACCAGCUCGGCGAGGCCCACAGCUGCUGUGAGCAGGCGCUGCAGCUGCUGGAGGCCCAGGGCAGCCACCCGCUGCUGGGGCCCUUCCUGCAGGCCCACAUCCACCUGGCCUGGAAGGUGGGCAAGGACAAGCGGCGCUCGGAAGCCCGGCUGCAGGACCUGCGGGAGGCUGGGCUGCCCCUGCAGCAGCAGCCCUCCCUGAAGGAGUGCCUGAUCAAGGAGCCUCUGGAGUGAAGCAGCCUGUGCCUCCAUGGGCAGGAGGGCAGGGGCUGCAGGGGACUCGUACCCAUGGUGGCGGGGAGCAGGGCGCUGCUGUGAGUGGGGAUGUGGCAGGGGGCAGUGCCACACUCCCAUGGCAGCAUGGCCCGUGCCUGGAGCUGCCUCCUAAAUGCACUUUCUCUGUGGUUAGUCUGUCCGGUGGGACUGGGGGCUCAUAGGGGUUCAUGGAGGUCCACUGCCCACAGUGACGUUGCUGGAGCCACUCCCCCUCUGUGGGGGAUCCUGGAGUGGCUGGGACUUUAGCUGGGACAUACUGGCACCGCACAAGGGAACGGGAAGGCUUCUGGCAGGGUUUGGGGCUCUUGCCGGGAACUUCCCAUAAAACUUAUAUAAUAAAAAGGACUUUAUUAAAUAAAGUCUUGGCAGGAAGAAGACCAAA